AUGUCAGCUGGACAAAGACAACCCGAGCCGCUUCGUCGAAUCAUAACAACACAUGAUCCCACAAGCGGCCGAGCUAUCUUUAGCGACGCUGUUAAGGAGCAGGUAUUGUUUGCUGGGUUCCCGGUCCCCCCUGGCAAGCCCACAAAAUCAGACUAUGCUCUGGCCUAUAACACAACCACAUUUCCUGUGCAAGGGCUUUCUCCUCCAACUUCUACAACCCCGGAACCCAAAGCCAAUCUCGACAUCAAGCACUAUCACUCUCAGCUCGCGGGUCCAUCGCCUUUGAAUCCGCCAAACGGCACCUCCUGCACAAUCAUUGAGGUACCUCCGGGCUCAGAGGUCCCGAUGCACCGAACAGCGACCCUCGACUAUGGUGUCAUUAUUGAUGGCACUACGGAAUUAGUCCUUGAUUCCGGUGAAAAGAAAUUAAUGACUAAGGGUGAUGUAUUUGUUCAACGAGGCACAGCUCAUUCUUGGCGGAAUGUGACUGAAAAGCAUGAUAACUGUGGUAUUUUACGUGUCUUUUUCGUAUUUCAGCCUAUCGAACAGGUGCGAUUGGAAGGUGGAAAGGUUGUCGGCCAGGACUUGAAUUUGUCUCUACGUGAGGCUUAA